AUGGCCUGUACUGGACACAAGUCAUCGUCUGUCAACAUGAAGCUCCUGGUCCUAGUAUUCGUGGCUGCCGUGUCUGCUGCCCCACUCGGCUAUGACCUACAACCACCCUCUGGUCCAUAUUUUCAUCAUGGUUUCUGCGCUCACGGAUUAGUGCCACACGUGGAUGGUAGUUGUGUUACUCCUCAUGUAUAUCAACGGGCAUUUAUCUACGACGCUCCAAGAAGGGUAAACUAUUUUAGGCGGCCACACUACAUUCCGCAACCUAAAGUGGAACGCAAUGUGGUUUUCGUGAGGCUGCCUGAAGAUGACCAGGGACCUGAUCCGAUCAUCGUACCUCCUCCACAGCAGCAACAGGUCGUGUACGUCCUCAACAAGCAAACGGAGGAGGACCAGCGAGUGAUCGAAGUGGCAGGCCGCCGACGGAGCCCGAAGUGGUGUUCGUGA